AAACCCUAAACCCUAGUAGACUCUUCUAGAAACUGCUCCCCUCCUCUCUAAAAUCCCUCUUUCCCCUCCCUCAAGUUAGCGCCUCUCUCUCUCCCUUUUCUCGCUAGAAGCUUCCCCACUCUCUCUCUCUCUCUCUCUCUCUCCAAUCCUUCUUCGUCCCUGCUCCUCUUGAGCUCAGCUUCGUCUCUCUCUCCCUACGAUGUAUCGCGCUGCCGCUACCCUUGCCUCUAAAGCUCGGAUUGCUGGGAGCAGCAGCCGACAGGUUGGAAGUAGACUCGGUUGGAGCCGAAACUAUGCGGCAAAGGACAUCAGGUUUGGAGUUGAGGCUCGUGCGCUGAUGCUUAAGGGUGUGGAAGAGUUGGCUGAUGCUGUCAAAGUGACUAUGGGGCCGAAGGGGCGCAAUGUUGUUUUAGAGCAAAGCUUUGGUGCACCUAAGGUUACAAAGGAUGGAGUGACUGUUGCAAAGAGCAUCGAAUUUAAAGACAGAGUGAAAAACAUGGGUGCGAGCCUUGUGAAGCAGGUCGCAAAUGCGACCAACGAUGUUGCUGGCGAUGGUACAACCUGUGCUACUGUUCUUACAAGAGCAAUAUUUGCCGAAGGGUGCAAGUCAGUGGCAGCUGGGAUGAAUUCAAUGGAUUUGAGACGUGGGAUUACAAUGGCAGUUGAUGCAGUAGUAACCAACUUGAAGAGCAGGGCCAGGAUGAUCAGCACAUCAGAGGAGAUAGCUCAGGUUGGCACGAUAUCAGCUAAUGGAGAGAGGGAAAUUGGUGAGCUCAUCGCAAAGGCUAUGGAGAAAGUGGGUAAAGAGGGAGUGAUUACUAUUGCGGAUGGUAAUACCCUCGACAAUGAGUUGGAAGUUGUGGAAGGAAUGAAACUUGACAGAGGCUACAUCUCUCCCUACUUCAUCACUAACCAAAAGAACCAGAAAUGUGAAUUAGAAGAUCCUCUCAUUUUGAUACAUGAAAAGAAGAUAUCAAGCCUUAACGCAGUGGUUAAAGUGUUAGAAUUAGCCUUGAAGAAACAAAGACCUCUACUUAUUGUUGCUGAAGACGUAGAAAGUGAUGCACUCGCAACCCUCAUUCUGAAUAAGCUUCGUGCAGGCAUCAAGGUUUGUGCCAUCAAAGCUCCUGGGUUUGGGGAGAACAGAAAAGCCAAUUUGCAUGACCUUGCAAUUCUUACUGGGGGUGAACUCAUAACUGAAGAACUUGGCAUGAACCUCGAGAAGGUUGAGCCUCACAUGUUUGGUACCUGCAAGAAGGUGACGGUGUCAAAAGAUGACACUGUUAUUCUUGAUGGUGCUGGUGAUAAGAAGGCUAUUGAGGAGAGAUGUGAGCAGCUGAGAUCUGCAAUUGAGGCAAGCACCUCCGAUUACGAUAAGGAGAAACUACAGGAAAGACUGGCCAAGCUUUCUGGAGGUGUUGCAGUCCUAAAGAUCGGAGGAGCGAGUGAAGCUGAAGUUGGUGAGAAAAAGGAUAGAGUGACUGAUGCUUUGAAUGCUACCAAAGCUGCUGUUGAAGAGGGUAUUGUUCCAGGUGGUGGUGUUGCACUUCUCUAUGCAUCAAAGGAGUUGGAGAAACUGCAGACUGCUAACUUCGAUCAGAAGAUUGGUGUCCAAAUAAUUCAAAAUGCUCUCAAGACUCCAGUGCACACUAUUGCUGCCAAUGCGGGAGUCGAAGGGGCUGUUGUUGUCGGCAAGCUAUUGGAGCAGGAUAAUCCUGAUCUUGGCUAUGAUGCAGCCAAAGGUGAAUAUGUGGACAUGGUCAAGGCAGGUAUCAUUGAUCCAUUGAAGGUGAUUAGAACUGCACUAGUGGAUGCGGCAAGUGUUUCAUCUCUUAUGACAACCACUGAAGCUAUUGUUGUGGAACAACCGAAAGAAGAAAAGGAUGUUCCUGCAAUGGGCGGCGGCAUGGGAGGAAUGGAUUACUAAUUUAGAAAAGAAAAUUUUCUUUUACGAAAUUUUACUCAAUUGAAAACUUGUAGAUUAGGGUUUUUGAGGGUGAGAUCGAUUCUUCACCCAGUGCAAUCUCACUGGAGAGAGGUUUGUCGGGACAUUUUUUUUUUCUUUUAUGCUGCAUAAAACAUUGAUCCUCAAACUACAUAAAUUUUCCAAUGCUGAGAAAUAAAACUGUUGUGCAAGUAUAUGAAUCUUC